CUUUAUUGUAAACAAUUGCCCGAUUUGAGCGAUUUAAAAAAAAAACCUCCCAAUUAGUGGAAAAUAUCCACUCAAGACGCCAAUUAACCAAACAGACAAAUGUGGAAUAGCCACAUAACAAUAAAGAACGAGGAAAACAUAUUGGAAGAGGCAUACACCAUCGCCGAAGCCGAUGUAAAGCCGGAUUUAACCAAACAGCCUCGAAUUCAACGCUUCGCCAUGCCCCUGAAACGCCAAUUUCUGCCGUACAUGAAGCCAGCGCCACAGAAUCGAGAGGAGCUGCUACAGAGCAUUACGCAUAACCGUGAGCAACUGGCAGCCUUCUUUCAGAAUGUGUCGCCAGUGUCGGCAUUCUGUCAGCGUCGGCAGACUGAUUGUACUGUUGCAGCUGUACCCACAUCAAUUAGUGAACCCCCUGCGCCCGUGCAGCAACGCAAUAGCUACGAUUUGUUCUUUGAGAGCGCCUGCAUCAGCGUCAAGGGCCUGCCGCCGAAACUGGCAGCCGAGGCCAAGAGUCGUAUUUCCCAGAUCAUCACCGAGUUCGAGAUCCGUGCCAUUUCCGAAGAGGAAGCCAAAGUCGAGGCACAAACAAGAGCUGCCAUCGGGGCCAGAGAUCCUAGCCAUGCACGUACAGUAGGUGGGGAGUUAUCUGUACGUAAACGUUCAGCCAUGUUUCACACUUCAGAGUAGGGCUGUUAGUAUUUAACACUU